GGUAUGUCCGCGCCAAAAUUUCUCUUGAAGCUCUCGAAGCAAUCAUCUGUUCGGUGCAAGAAACAACUUAUGCAAUGGACCAACCGACUUUGACCGAGUUUUUUAGUACAAGAAAGCGGCCGAUAGAAGGUGUGCACCCUGCUAAAAGAAGAAAGCUUAUCGAAACUGAAUCAGUGGUUUCCGAAACCCCGAAAUCUGUGAGAGGAAGACAACAACGUGCAAAAACCACAACGACGACAACAAAGCCGAAGCAACGAACAACCCGAACUAGAAAUGCUAAAGCUAAGGCAACGAAGGCACCCGGCAAUGAGAUUCACAGAGUUUUCUUGAGGUCUGUGAUGCAGAAAGUGGUCGAGGAGUCUUCGAACUCAGUCAGCGAAGUCACUUCUGUCUCUGAUGAGCACGAUGUUAUCGAAGCGACGCCAUCUUUGAAUGGAGUGUCUGAAAGAAAGCGCAAGACUCGACCUGAAAACGCUGCUGUGGCGGAGAAAAAGCCAGGAAGUACAAUAGAGAAGGAUGGAAAUAGUGCCCAUGAUGUCAGAGACGAAAUUGCUCAACCUAAAAUGGAAGGAAGUAUUAAAGAAAAGGCAAAUAAUACAAAAGGUAACCGAAUGACGAAAACUUCGGGAACUCGAAAACAAAAAGAAGCGCCUGGUUCCGAAGCUGAGCCGAGCCAAAAGGAGUCUACACCUAUGCCAAGCGAUGACACUAUUGAGUCAAAUCAGCAUGAAAUAACCAAGUCCCCCCUGAAACAUGAGACAGUAAAGAGAAAUUCAGGAGGUCUUAAAAUCAACCCAUGGAUCGCUGAGCAAGCUAACAAAGUACUAUUGAGUCGCGGAGAAGCGGCCUUGCUACUCAGUCAGCAAAAGCAAGCCAAUGCCGUGAAAUCUAAAGGCAAGCAAUGGUCUAAGGGUAAGGGUGUGGUCCCUGGGGUGCUGUCGGAGGGGAAAGCGAAGGAGGGGCUUGAGAGAGCCCGGCAGCUAAUCAAGAACAUGAGAUCAUUGGAAUCAAAAGCAGCUGAAGCUAAGGCCUCAACAGAAACGGAGAAACCGGAACGUCUACACGAGGCAGCCAAAUGCCCAACAUCAACAAAGUCUAAAGAAGGCUCAAAGAAAAGCAGUCCAAAGAAAGCACCAGCGCAUGAGAGAUUUCACACCAUUGCUCAACCAACACCACCCCUGUCGGGUACCUCAGUUGCAGCCUUACCUCUCCCCUACAAGUACAAAGUCUUAGCAGAAAUCUUCAACUGUUGCGACACAGUGGUUAACCUUCUUGGACAAAGGAAUGAGGCAUGCACUUUUGAGAAGCUGACUGAUUCUGUCCAGAAAAUGUGUAGGAAGAGGUUUGAAAGAAGACACCUUGCACAGAUUGUGAAUCUUAUGCCCUCAGCAUUCCAUGUACAACAAGUCCGUAACAGCAGCAAGUCGAUCUCAUACAACCUGACCAUUCAGUUUGGUCCAGCAGAGAACUCCAGUACUAACCGGCUGACAGUGACCAUGUCUGAGCUUCUUUCCAGGAAGAAAAUUAUGCAGAAUGCAUUGUUAAAAGUCACCAAGGAACACCACCAGACAUUUCUUCAGAAUUUAGAAGAACCCAUUUCUGUUGAUAGUGAUAAGAUUAUCAGAUGGCAUCCUCAAUUCAAGCUAGAUGAGGUCCCAGAUCUUGAACAGGGUGCCCUACCAGAGGCACCUGUUGUCAAGACUUUCACCUCUGCCAAAGAUGUGCUUGAUCGAGGAAGGGGAAACAUCCCACCUAGGGUUGAAAAAGCACUCAGCAGUGUCGCCAAAAAGACAGAGGACACUCCCUCCCUCAAACUGACAUUCAGCCGCACACCUGUGGACAGCCCCCCUAAGACACCUGAGAAGGCAUCUAGUGGUGCUUUGAAAGGCGUCUCUCUUGAUCUGCUCAAUAAGAUUCGUAAGAAAGAAGCAAAAAAGUUGGAAGAAGACCUAACCAGAGAUCCUGGCCUUGAUAAAAAAAUGACCAUGCGGGAACGCCUCCCAGAACUGUGCCGUAUUCUGAAAACCUAUUUCACUACUGAACGAAAAGCAGCAAUUCCACUAGAAGAUGCUGUUCUAAAGCUUUCUGAGAGUUACUCAACAUCUCUCUCAUCAACUCAAGUUGAUCAGCACCUUAAGCUACUAUCUACGCUAGUUCCAGAAUGGCUUGCAAUUGUGACUGUGAGAAAGUGUCCAUAUCUCAAGAUAAACAAGAAAGCUGACAUAAACAGUGUUAUAAACAAAGUUGUUACCAUGGAGCUUAAAUGAUUGUCUUUUCCUAAUAACCUGGUGUUCUUGUACAUUAGUACAAUUUAAUUAAAUCAUAUAUUAUCACUGGACACAGGAGGCCAUAUAACACUAGCAAAUACCAUUAUCUCACAUCUUCUAUUGCAACUUUCUACAUCAAAGAAACAAUUUAUUUUAGCUAAGAUUUUUAACAUUAGAUUUUUUUAAUGUGAAUACUUUUUUCAUGUACAUUAUACAUAGAAGUUACAUUGUCAAUUGUUAGUUAUAAUUUCUGUUCUAAAAUUGUAAUUUACAGCUUAACUUUUGCAGUUAUACUGUAAAUCCUUUGGAAUUACCAUCAAUAAAAACAGAUGGCUUGCUUGGUUUCCAUGCCACACAAAA